UUACGUUGCCGAGCCCAGACCCUUCUCCGGCGCCACGGCUGAGGGAGCGGGCUCGUGCGGGACGGUCCUUCCUCCGCCCAGGGAGCCUUGGUCGCCGCGGCGAAUACAUGGGCCACCAUUAGGACCCAGGGACGUUGCUAUGAUUUGGGCAGCCGUAGGCCCCCCAUCGAUCUGCUAUACUUCCAGUACUCCUGUGCAGGUACUGGAAGGCACUGGCUGUCUUAAUACAGAUCCUCACCUGUUUGGCAAUAGGCAAGAUGGCUCCCCAUUAAUGGUAGAGGGGUUCAAUAAUAUUGAAGCUGAAGACCCUUUGUGUACCUUCUACCCCCCAAGCUUCCUUCAGGCUUCAGAGGUGGAAAUGAGAGGUUCGGAGGAUGUUGCCCCUGGCACUGUUUUACAGCGGUUGAUCCAGGAGCUGCGCUAUGGCAAUCCGAAUGAGAAUAUGAACCUACUGGCUCUCCAGCACCAAGCUACGGGGAGUGCAGGGCCAUCCAACUCUACUGCCAGCAGCACCCUGUCUUCUUCUGCAGAAAACCUUGUGCCGGAAGACCCACAAAUGGUCCAGCAGUCAGCACGGCAGGAACCACAAGGCCAGGAACAUCAAGGGGAUAAUACGGUGAUGGAGAAGCAGACCAGAGGCUCCCAGCCUCAGCAGAACAGUGAAGAAUUACCUUCUUAUGAAGAGGCCAAAGCCCAGUCUCAGUUUUUUAGAAGUCAGCAGCCUAGUGUUGGGCCCAGUUUCUAUGUGGCCAGCAGCUCUGGUCCAAAAUCUAAGACAGAAGGGAGGCCCACUUUGGCCCGUGCCAACAGUGGACAGGCCCACAAAGAUGAAGCACUGAAGGAACUGAAACAAGGUCACGUGCGCUCCUUGAGCGAGCGGAUCAUGCAGCUCUCCUUGGAAAGGAAUGGGGCCAAACAGCAUCCUCCCUGCUCCGGGAGAAGCAAAGGGUUCAAAUCCAGUGGGCCACCCGCUUCCCAGGCUUCCAAUAAAGGCAUGGAACUGAGGGGGCCCCCUCCAGAUUAUCCAUUCAAAAGCAAACAGGUGGCCUCUCCAGGAAGCAAAAGUCAAGAGCCAGGGGUGUUUUUUAAUGAGCAGCAUUCUGGAACGAUUCAAGAAGCGGCAAAGCCAUCCUAUUCAGCGUCACAGCCAGCGAGGAGUGAAGUAGCCAUUGCCCGAUAUCAGGCUCCCCCAGAGUAUGGUGUCAACAGUCGUCAAUGUGCGUCCUCUUUUCCAUCACUGCCAGUGCCCCAGGAGCACAGCCCAGUGGCCUCCCAGGCCUCCUCUCUGAGUGGCCCCCUGCACUCUGCGUCUCUGCCACCUCUCUCCAUGGCCACAGCAUCACAGUCUCUGCCUGCAACUCCGCCUAGCCAGCAGCCCCUCACAUCAGAUGCCUUCACGAUAGUACAGCGAGCCCAGCAAAUGGUGGAGAUGUUGUCUGAAGAUAAUGAAGCCUUGCAGAAGGAGCUGGAGGGCUACUACGAGAAAGCUGACAAGCUUCAGAAGUUUGAAAUAGAAAUUCAGAGGAUUUCAGAAGCUUAUGAGGACCUGGUGAAAAUCACCACCAAGAGGGAAUCACUAGACAAGGCUAUGCGAAACAAACUUGAAGGUGAAAUCAGGAGACUCCAUGAUUUCAACAGGGACUUGCAUGACCGACUGGAGACUGCAAAUAGGCAACUGGCCAGCCGAGAGUUUGAGGGACAUGAAAAUAAGGCAACAGAGGAUCUUUAUGCCUCUCAGAACAAAGAGUACGUGAAGGAGAAGGAGAAGCUAGAAAUGGACUUGACAGCCAUGCGCUUGACCCAUGAGGAGCAGCGAAGGCACAUUGAAAUCCUGGACCAGGCUCUCAAUAGUGCGCAAGCCAAAGUCAUCAAACUAGAAGCAGAGCUACGGAAGAAGCAAGCGCACGUCGAGAAGGUAGAGAAGCUCCAGCAGGCCUUGACCCAACUUCAGGCAGCCUAUGAGAAACGAGAGCAGAUGGAGCAUCGGCUGCGCACCAGGCUGGAAAGAGAGUUGGAAUCUCUGAGGCUGCAACAGAAACAAGGGAACUACCAGGCAGCCCCUGUGCCUGAGUACAAUGUCCCAGCCUUAAUGGAGUUAGUGCGGGAGAAGGACGAAAGGAUUCUGGCUUUGGAAGCUGACAUGACCAAGUGGGAACAGAAGUACCUCGAAGAGAGCACAAUCCGACACUUUGCCAUGAAUGCUGCAGCCACAGCUGCCACAGAAAAAGAUACCUUGGCCACCAACCACUCCCGCAGUGGCAGCUACAGUGAGAGUUCCCUGGAAGUCCGCAUAUGGCAGGAAGAAGAGGAGAAGAUGCAAACCAGCCGGAGGUGUCAGGACAUGGAAUACAUAAUAAAGAAUCUGUAUGCAAAAAUCAUCGAGAAAGACGCCAUGAUCAAGGUCCUUCAGCAGCGAUCCAGGAAAGAUGCCAGCAAAGGAGAUUCUGCAAGCUUGCGGCCCGCUCAGUCGGUGCCAUCCAUAGCUGCAGCUACAGGAGCACACUCCCAUCAGACUUCUCUUAACCACAACCAGGGAGCUGAGGAGAAGAAAGAAGAAAAGUCAUGGAAAGAAAGCAUCGGUUUGCUGUUAGGGAAAGACACCCCUGAACAGUCAUCCAUCCCUUCAUUGACCCUUCCACCUCCCUCUUUGUCCUCUACAAUGUCUUCAUGGCCAGUAACCAUCUGCCAUGUUAAAAUGGACAGCAAAGACAGCAGCACUCAGACAGACAAAGGCACGGAGCUUCUCUGGCCCAGUGCAGCUUCUUUUCUGGGUAGAGGGAAACUGAGUCACUCUUCUGGUGGCAGUCCAGCCCUGAGGCACACGGCAGGCAAAAACGCUGGGGACAAACUUGAGAACUCUUCCACCUAUGGGAAGCUCCUGGACAGCAGCAAAAGCAGAGUUAGCAAUCUGCUUCACAAGCCUGAAUUUCCAGAUCCAGACAUGAUGGAAGUCCUUAUUUGAAGCCCUGGAGCUUUUGCUAGUUUGGGUAGCACACAUGGCCCCUGGAGGGGUUGUUGUUGUCUUUGCUCUGCUUGAAUUAAAAACUCUGGAGGACAGCACAAAGAUGGACCAAGAAAGUUUGAACCUAGAAGAAAACUCCAGGUGAAUCUGACUUUUGACAGAGAGCAGGGGACUUGGAAUGUUGGAGAUGGAACAUUUAGGAUGUCUGCUGUGAACAGUCAACCAUGCUGUGGAUUUGGGGGGAAAAAGAGGACAAGAAAUCAUAGGAAUCAGAGAACAUUUUCUAUUGGAGAUGUGUUUGAUAUACCAAGAACUGUUCUGCAACCAUCUGGGUAGUAACAUCAUUGGGUGGUAUGUUGCCUGCACGAAAAUUUUUGAAUUGCAUUUGCAAUUCCUGGGCAAGGGAGCAGGACUUCCGGAUAUCAUUGUUUUACAUACUGCCUUCCUCCUGCUUUUCCUUCUAGAUUCCCCCACCAUCCAGGUUUGCUUCAGAGAUGUAUGUUGGCAUGUUGUCAACCAUGCCAACAUACAUCUCUGGUAGAACAAGGUUUAGACAGGUUCAUCAUAAAUUUUUUCCAUGAUUUCUGUAGCUGUCCCUCUCUACAGCAGGUCCCUGAAUGCUGUUGACAACAAACUAAAAUGAGUUAACAUCCAGGUGCUCCAUACAUGACAGCCACGACUUCCUGAUCUUAUUCCACAAGGCCAUCUGCAUUAUGAAACUAAGCAGUUAAGUAACCAACCCGCCAAAAUGUCUUCAGCUCCUUAAAGUUCAAUGUAUCGUGGCUGUGUCAGACCCCUGGCUCAUUUAGGCCCACAACAGUUUAUAAUCUCAGAAGCAUUUUAAGGGACUUCUUCCCUGGAUUCAUAGCAAGGUUGCACUACCAGUGAGGUUUCCCACUGAGACCAGUCUCUGGCAAAAUGUUUUGCAGCUGAAAAUUCAUGUGUGAAGAUAGCACAUCUUUGGAUCAGCCUCUGCUUACUAGAUCUAUUUAUGGAUAAGCACAUCUGCUGCUAGGUAAGGUAUCUUUGAGUCUUCUGCUGUAAGCUGGGUUAUUGAAAGAAAAGUCCUAGUGUAACGUAAGUAGUAGUUCCCAAGAUGGUCCCUUCCGCAUGGGGCAAAACGUGCAGUUGUUUUUGUAUUCUCCUUUGUUCUGUAGUUUAGUGCCUGUUACGUUGAAUUCUUUCUGAAGAAAAGUAUGCCUGUGUACAUUGGUAAGAGUCCUUAUUCCAUGUAACAGUGUUCUGGUUUUGCUCUGACCCAUAAUUUGCCCCUUCAUCGGAUACUAUGUGGAAAGAAGUCUCCCAAGGCUUAUAGUAGCUGCUACCUCCAAGAGUAUCUGUGGGCAGGAAGGUCAUGCAAAUCCCUUUUUCCUCCUUCCCUUCCUCUGUAGACAAGGAGACAGUCUUCUUGCCUCUUAUUAGAGACAUGUUUAUCCAGGACAGGGAUGUCCUUGUUCUCCGUGGCAAAAAGCUGAAAAUGCAGCACUCUGUGAGGCCGAGUUACGUUUUAUCCAAAGCAUAAAUAGCUCGUCUCAAGUUCUGACUGCCUGUGGUCUUACUCAAAUUCCUCUCCGUGGCCUGUGAGGCGAAGAGGUGAAUCAGGACCGUAUGUAGCAUUGCUUACUCAGUGCUGUUUUCUUACUCAGCAAAACAUGGAAAUUUAGAGGGGGAUUAGCCUAAAACUUGCUUCCUUAUAUAUUUAUAUGUAUGUACAUUUAGACAUACAUAUCCUGGGACAUUUCAUUGAAGGCCAGACCUUCUAUUUAUAACUUUCCAACAGUAUCUUUACAUCCAAGAUUUCACUUGCAUACAAAGGGCAAAUUGUUACCAUUCUUUUGUGUGCAAUCUACAGGCGGCUUUCCCAGACCAAAAAGAUCAGGACAUUGAAUUCUUGUUAAUCUGAUUGCAUGCAAAAAUAAUACGUUACUCUAGAUCAGGGUGCAAAAAAG